GUCCAGUCUAGUGACGAUAGCUUUCCAGAACUCUGGUUCCAGUCCUAUGUCAGGGCACUGCCUUUCUCUGACAGGAGGACCCUUAAAAGAUCAAGCCUUACCCGUUCCCGUUCCGUCAUGCAGUCGUCUCACCAAUCCUCGUCCGUUCUCAGACCCUCAGUCUCCUGCCCUGAUCACCUGCAUAUCACACUGUUCCGUGUGGUCUGCUGCUGCCUUUGCUCCAGAUACCCAUAUCAAGGCGCUGAUUCCUCUUCGUCCUCUGCCUACCGCCUGCCGUCUUUCCUAUUGCCGUCAGACUUAGGUUGAGCACUCAUUUCCGAAAGCUCUUGAUCCGCAUCCAAGGGCCCUUUAGCCAACGUGUAUUAGACCGCAACUCGCAGUCUUGUCACCCCCGAGACCACGCUGGGCAUCCCGUUGAGCAAGCCCCCUCCGCAUCGUCGCGGCAACGAUCGCAUGGCCACCCGCCGGUGGUACCUCGAGACCUCUCCGGACGGCCGAUACCAGUUCGUCUCGCUGAAGCGCUCCCGCUCUCAUCACUACGACCGUCGCCACCACCACCACCAUGACCCUCAGCCGCCGUCUCCGUCGCCGCCGCCACCUCACCGCUGCUGCCGUGAUGACUGCGCACACGUUACCCGAGAGGAGUGGAAUGACCUUGUCGAGCGCGAGCGCAAGCUCCGCGAGGUCAACGACGGUCUCGCCCGCGAGAACUACUCGCUCAAGUGCAACCUCCAAGCCUCCAACAACGAGGGUCAGCGCCUCAGCGGCCUCGUCACGGCACUGCAGGCCGAGAACCAGCUCCUGCGCGAAGAGAUUGCAUCAUUGCGCUGCUCCAUCGACAGCUCGAGCGACAACGCGGCCAAGUACCUUCGCGAAAACGAGCGGCUGAAACACAAGCUGUCCAAGGUCGAGAAGGAACGGGACGGGCUGUUGGCGCGCGUGAGGGAGCUCUCGCGCCACGCGCAGCACGGCCUGUUGGAGCGCAUCGAGGAGCUGAAGCGGCUGGCGCUCGCGUGGGAGCGGAAGUUUGACGCUGUGGACGAUCACAACAAGAGGCUACGGCGGGACCUCGAGGCGCAGAGGUGCUUCAUUGCGGACCAGGAGGUGAAGAUCCGGCUGUACGAGCGGGUUCUCCGUCGUCACGGCUUCAUCCGAUGCGACUGAUGGGGCGAGGUAAGGGAGGAUAUACGUUUCGUUGUUUAUAUUACAGACCUGGGCGCAUUGGCUGAAGACACCGUUGAGGGGCUACUGCUGUCUUUGACAGGAAGGAUGUCUGGCUGGGCAUUUGUUUGACCAAGUUCCUUGGGUAUUGGUUGGAAAUUUGCAGGCUUCGUUUUCAUUCGCUUUCGAAUUUGCAGAUAGACUUUGGCUUACUGGGCUUCAUCGGAGGCUUAUCGGCAAGGGCGCGCAGGUCCUCUGAUGAGUCGUCGGAUGAGGCAUCAACGUCUGCCCUUCGCCUGCGACGGCCUUUCUUUCUUUUGUACAUUACCGCCAUUGCUUCGGCUCCUUCUGCGUAACACGAACUCUAUACGAUGGUGCAUGUGUCUUUGAUGGCAGGGCUCGAAGACGAAGGAUGUUUACGCCGCUCGUCCUUUCCUGUAGAACAAUUCUAGAUAUAUCGCCGACU